AUGAGAACUCCAGUUAAUUCCGCUAGAUUACUGAUGAUGCUUGAAGACAUCAUGCUAUUAUACCGGGUAGAGAGCACAAUUCUCGUUCAGCGUUACAUCAGAGCCCGCACAAACCGUGCUAGGCGUAGGAUCAUUGAAAAUGCGAGGCAGUACAGCUUGAUAAGCAAGGUUCCUCAGCAAUUGAUACACUUGGAACGACUCAUUCAUGUCACUGAUGUUGACUGCAUAGCAAACUUAAGAAUGGAUCGCAACACAUUUGGGAAGUUGUGUUGCAUCCUCACUGAGCAGGGAGGCCUGAGAACAGGGAAAUGCUUAGGCAUUGAAGAACAGGUGGCGAUUUUUGUCGGCAUCUUAGCGCAUCACAAUAAAAACCGCGUUGUUCGUUUCAGUUUUAUCAGGUCCGGUUCGACAGUGUCCCAUUACAUGAACAAGGUUUUGGGGGCUGUUUUGAGUCUUCACAGAGUGUUAUUGUCGAAGCCUACACCCGUGCCGGAUGAUUGCAUUGAUCACAGAUGGAAAUGGUUCAAGUACGUGAUAAAGGCUGGUGACAGUAAGAGCAUAAUCUGCGUGCUCGACCAAAUGCCCCAAAGGAUAACACACAAUGUGUUUGACAAAAUACUCAAAUGA